CGAGCAGUCGUGGCGCUAGGGGGGGUUAAAAGUCUGAAAUAGCAGCAAGUCAACACUGCGGGAGGAGUAACCCGGUCCAAGGCAGCGUAGCAGAAUCCAGGUCACCCUCCGACUAUCCUAUGAAUAUCUGAUUAGACGCAUUUCGGAGAGGCUGGGAGCUGGUUUGUAAGCAGGGUACGGACGGGAAACGAGCCGACCUGACCUCUCAUUUUCACCUUGCCUGCCGGCCGGGAAAAUAUUCAGGAAUUAUGUGCCGCUUCAAGCCUUAUGACGGCGCCUGUUGACUAUGUGUGACUGCUGAGAAGGAGCUACUGUGACCAGUACCACGUAGGAGCCGCUUGUCUGUUCUAAUCGUCCCUGCGAUCAGCUGAAAUGUCAGCAGAAGCAGAAACCAAUGUGAACAACCAAGCUGACCCAGGCCCAGCCAAGACCCCGGCUAAGAAAGAGAAGAAGAGAGGCCCAGAAAAAAAUGAUGAAUUCUUGCUGGCCAGGUUCAAAGGCGACGGGGUGCGAUACAAAGCCAAAUUGAUUGGGGUGGAUGAUGUACCUGAAGCCAGAGGGGAUAAGAUGAGCCAGGACUCCAUGAUGAAAUUAAAGGGCAUGGCUGUAGCUGCUCGAUCCCAGGGAAAGCACAAACAAAGAAUCUGGGUCAACAUAUCACUUUCUGGGAUCAAAAUCAUUGAUGAAAAAACAGGGGUAAUAGAACAUGAGCAUGCCGUAAAUAAGAUCUCAUUCAUUGCACGUGAUGUGACGGACAACCGGGCCUUUGGUUACGUAUGCGGUGCAGAAGGCCAACACCAGUUCUUUGCCAUUAAGACGGCCCAGCAGGCUGAGCCUCUAGUGAUUGACCUGAAGGACCUCUUCCAGUUAAUUUUCAAUUUGAGGAAAAAAGAAGCGGAGGGUCCAAAGAAGGAUGAAACGGAUAAGCAGGUGAUUGAGAAUGGCCGUGAUGCCCUGCUUGAUGUUGAAGGUGAAGCAGAUAAGUUAAAAACUGUUGAGCAGCUAGACCUGUUUGGAGACAUGUCGACUCCACCAGACUUAAAUUCUCCUUCGGAGACAAAUGAUAUCCUAUUGCUGGACCUUUCCACUGACAUUGACAGCAAUCAGAACUGUGUAAAAGGAAAUCCCUUCACCUCUUCCUGUCCUUCUGUCACCUGGCCCAACCCACAGUCCAGCAACUCGCCUGAAAACCCCUUUUCUUCCCAGCUCAGCUUUUUUCCUGCUCCUAUUCCCGACCCUUUUGGUGACGACCCCUUCUCCAAAAAUGACCAAUCAGCACACACCAAUUCUGUGACCCCUGGCUCUUUCAGUUGUAGCCAGGAUAAAUCCUACUGCAACCUUAAUGGGCCCAAGCAAAACGGUAGUCAGCAUGGUGACUCUGAAUGCUUUGGGCAUCAGUUUGAUGAGAGAUCUAGUAAGACUGUGAUCCAAACGCUGUCCAAUGGCCAGUGGCCAUUGGAACACACUCUGGGGGAUGCCUGGAAAAAAAACGAGAUCCCAGUGAAGGAACAGAAUGGCAUCCAUUACAAAUCUUCCCAUAAUCCUUUCUUUGAGAGCUCUGGCAAUAGCCCACCCUUGAAAAACAAGUUAAACCAUGAGCCAGUUGGGGCUUCUGAGGCCCCUGUAACUGCAGCAAAGGAUUCUGUCCUCAUUAGCCCCCCUCCGCUCAACACCAAAGCUGGACGAGGACGGAGAAACGUCAAGUCUCCUACAAAUAUUUUUGGAGCCGACCUGUUUGGUUCACCUUCCCAAGCAGAAGCGCCCUCUGUGCCUCAGAUGGACUUCGUGCAGCCGAACCCUGUGAACCUUUUCAACAGUACCCCAGCUACCACUGUCUCCCCAUUGGCAGCCUUGAAUAAUCCACCUGCCAUGGCGGCAUUGGGAAAGCUGUCACUGGGAGGUCCCGCAGCAGUCUCCCAAUCAGCUACACCUGCAUGGAGACCACAAGCCCCCACCAUGUUCCCUGUACCUGGUGGUAUUCCCCAGGUCACCAUGCCAGGUCCCCAGGUCUCGCCAUUCAGUGUCACAUCUCUGCCUGGAUGGGGGCAGACUCCUCCUCUCUUGGGGACGGCCGCUGCUCCCCAACCCCCUGCUUGGGGACAGGCUCUGGCUCCAGUGAACCCUGGAGCUUGGCCUCAACCUUCACCUACAGCUGGCUCUUUCCAUUCUGGUGUGAUGGCCACCUCACUCAUGCCAGGGGUUAUGGUGGGAGUGCAGCAAGCUUCUACACCUCUGCCCCAACCCCCACCUCGGCCAGCUCCGGUGGAGCCACCCAAAGCUGAGAACAAUGCCUUCACUGCUCUGGACCCUCUGGGUGACAAAGAGCAAAAGAAUGUGAAGGACAUGUUCAAGGACUUCCAGAUAGCUAAACCCCCAGCUGUCCCAGCCAGAAGAGGUGACCAGGCAGGUUCCACAGAAAGUGGAGCCUUUGCUGAGUACUUCUCCAACAAAGUUGGCUUAGCUCAGGAGGUGGCCGAUAAUGAUGACUUUGACGUCAGUCAGCUGUCAGCCAAGAUCAAUGAGCCACCCAAGCCUAUGCCAAGACAGUCAGUCUCCCCACCUGCUAACAUGGCCACCUCUGCUCAGGCUGAGAAUCCUUUCAAUGAUUCCUUCGGGGCUGAUCCCUUUGGAUCUGCUCCACUUACAAUGGUUCCUCCUCCUGUCCAGCCAAGUGCUGCUGCUGACCUCUUUGGAGAUCCCUUUGGGAACCCCUUUGCCUGAUUACCACCAACUUUUCCAGCUUUCAGCUGCAACCAAGAAUUCCUCAGCCAUUGUUGACCCAAGAGGCAGGAACUGCACAUCAAGUUGCUGUGGUUGUUCCGGGUGUGACUUUCGCCAGACUACCACCUUAACUGAAAUUUUGUUGUAAUUUCCACUUUGAUCUACACAUUCUUGAUAAAUCUCUUAAAUGGACAGUGUAACAAAGAUUACAUAGUGUAGUCUCUUGCCAAAGGUCUGUUCUGCUUCACAGCCAGCUAAAUUUCCAAAUGGUAAAUGUAUUGGUAUUGUUUACAACAACAACAAAAUGGGUGUAUCUGCUUGAAGGGCAUAUAUACCAUUGGAUUGUAUUUCCAUAUUUAUAUAGAGGGAUUGCCCAAAUAUGCUUACCCUUCCACAUUUGUGAAAUUACCGAACCUCUGCAGAAUGUCUAUUAAAGAUGAGAAUGAGCCUUU